AUGAGCGACAGGGGAACAAGUAAUCACUCAGAAAUGACUGGCUUCGUUCUUGUAGGCUUCAGGGUCGGCCCCGAGCUCCAUCUUCUCCUCUUCCUGCUAUUUGUACUCAUCUAUGCCGUGAUCCUCUUGGGGAAUGUUGGCAUGAUGACUCUUAUCAUGAUCGACCCCCGUCUGAACACACCCAUGUAUUUCUUCCUAGGCAAUCUGUCCUUCAUCGACCUCUUCUAUUCGUCUGUCAUUGCACCCAAGGCGAUGACCAACUUUUGGUCGGAGAGCAAGUCCAUCUCCUUUGCAGGCUGCGUGGCUCAGCUGUUUCUCUUUGCCCUCUUCAUCGUGACCGAGGGAUUUCUCCUGGCAGCCAUGGCGUACGACCGCUUCCUUGCCAUCUGUAACCCUCUGCUCUAUUCUGUCCAGAUGUCCACGCGUCUCUGCGCACAGCUGGUGGCGGGCUCCUAUUUCUGUGGCUGCGUCAGCUCGGUUCUGCAGACCAGCAUGACAUUCACUUCCUCCUUCUGCGCUUCGCGAGCCAUUGAUCAUUUUUACUGCGAUACCCGCCCGCUUCAGAGAUUGUCUUGUUCGGACCUCUUUGUCCAAAAAGUGGUAUCGUUUUCCCUCUCCGGCCUCAUCAUUUUGCCAACCGUUUUCGUGAUCAUCGUCUCUUAUCUGUACAUUGUGUCCACGGUUCUAAGGAUGCGCUCCACCGAGGGGCGGAAGAAAGCCUUCUCCACCUGCAGCUCCCACCUGGGAGUGGUGGGCGUGCUGUACGGCGCUGUCUUCUUCAUGUAUCUCACGCCCGACAGGUACCCUGAACUGAGCAAAAUGGCCUCUCUGUGUUACUCUCUCGUCACGCCUAUGCUCAAUCCUCUGAUUUACUCUCUGAGAAACAAGGACGUCAAGGAAGCGCUCAGAAAACUGUUAGAGAAGAAAAGGAUGAUUCUGUGA